AACAGGCGACCAUGUUGAAUUAGCAAGGACUAACACAAUAGAGACGACUUAUUUUGAGUGAAUUUAAGAAUUUAAUCCGACAGAUAAACGAGUAAUGUUAGCUAAUUAGGCCUAGUUGAUCUGCCGCAAGCAAUUUAUGAUAUACAACAUCGAAGGGAGAGAAAGGAUUCUCCCUCAACUUUUCUGCUUCCUGUCAGGUGGCACUGUUCGGUGUUGCUGGAGAUAAAACAAGCAGAAUUUAAUAGAAGACCUGUAGUGAUACUGAGAGAGGAGGGAGACCCACCUGGAAGCAGAGGGGACCGAGGAGCUCAAGGGAAACUUAAAGCUUUUUAGCUUUUGGACUAUAGUUACCCUUUGUUGGGUUUUCAACAUCAGGAUAAUACUUUCUUAUACGGAUGGACAUUACGUAUUGAGAGGAAAACAAAUAUUGAAAAAUACGGAACUAAUUAUUUUGGAUGAAGAUUUGUACAAAAGUUUGAAAACCCAUUUCCAAGGACAAAGAUUGGGUUAUUCUGAGGGAUUUGACAAAAACUGGGAAACAUUGUUUACUCAAAGAUUGAACUUUUGAACUAAGAUUAUAUUGCAGAUACUAUUCCCCCAGUUCAAAUUGCCUUAGAGGUUCUAUUGCAGGACUUAAACUCCUUGAUACUUGUUCACAUAUAAUUUUCUAUAUUGUGUGCUGGUACGGUAUAGUAUAUUUAUGCAUUUGAAUGCACAUAUCUCUUCAUUUGGAAGAGUUGUUGUAUAAAGGACAAUUUUUAUUUUUUUCAUACAUCAGUCAACUCUGUUGUUGAAGGGGACCGAACUGAACGUACGUGACCUGUGUAUAUGUAAAUACACAUUUUUGUUGUUAAGCUUUAGAAAAAAAGAAUAGAAAUAUUGUUUGUUAAUACUCUGUUAAACUUCUACUUUUUGAAGAAGCUUUUUAAGAGGAAAAAAUAUUUGAAAACAGAAAGAAAGAAAAGAAGAAAUGGCAACUCCAAGGACAGAGAACCUCGGCCCUGUUGUUAUGGGACUGAACAAGCAGAACGGGCAGCUUAGGGGGCCACCUAAAUCACCCUCUCCCCAAUCAGGACCCUUACACCUGGGCUCUAUGACAGGCAAGGCCUCGGGUGCACCACAGAAAGCAGGUGCUGCUCAGGAGGGAACUGGCAUUAGAUUUGGAGAUGACUGGAAAAAAUGCCUACAGCUUCCUCCCAAAGACACCAGGGUCAGAACAUCAGACGUGACAUCCACCAAGGGGAAUGAGUUUGAGGACUACUGUUUGAAACGAGAGCUUCUAAUGGGCAUAUUUGAGAUGGGCUGGGAGAAGCCCUCCCCUAUUCAGGAGGAGAGCAUUCCCAUAGCCCUAUCUGGUCGAGACAUACUUGCCCGAGCCAAGAAUGGAACAGGGAAGAGCGGCGCCUACCUAAUCCCCAUGUUGGAAAGAAUAGACCUCAAGAAGGACUAUAUUCAGGCCAUUGUGAUGGUGCCUACUCGUGAGCUGGCACUGCAGGUAAGCCAGAUCAGUAUCCAGAUCAGCAAACACCUGGGUGGAGUGAAAGUCAUGGCCACCACAGGCGGCACCAACCUGCGGGAUGACAUCAUGCGCCUGGACGAGACCGUUCAUGUGGUCAUAGCCACCCCUGGCAGGAUCCUAGACCUAAUAAAGAAGGGUGUGGCUAAAGUGGAUAGAGUUCAGAUGAUGGUAAUGGAUGAGGCAGACAAGCUGCUGUCUCAGGACUUUGUGGUGCUCAUUGAGGAUAUUAUCAGCUUCCUGGCUAAGGGCCGUCAGAUCCUGCUCUACUCUGCCACCUUCCCUAUCAGUGUGCAGAAGUUCAUGGCCAAGCACCUACAAAAGCCUUAUGAGAUAAACCUGAUGGAGGAGCUGACUCUGAAGGGCAUCACCCAGUACUAUGCGUAUGUCACUGAGCGGCAAAAAGUUCACUGUCUUAACACGCUGUUUUCCAGGCUGCAGAUCAAUCAGUCUAUCAUCUUUUGUAAUUCAACCCAGCGAGUUGAACUGUUGGCUAAGAAAAUCACCCAGCUGGGCUACUCCUGCUUCUACAUCCAUGCCAAAAUGAUGCAGGAGUACAGAAACCGUGUGUUCCAUGACUUCAGAAAUGGACUCUGCAGAAAUCUUGUCUGCACUGAUCUUUUCACCAGAGGUAUUGACAUCCAGGCCGUCAAUGUCGUCAUCAACUUCGACUUCCCCAAGAACGCUGAGACAUACCUGCAUCGCAUUGGAAGAUCGGGGAGGUUUGGUCACCUUGGUUUGGCCAUCAACCUGAUAACCUCUGAGGACCGCUUCAACUUAAAGUCCAUUGAGGAUCAGCUGGUCACUGACAUCAAACCCAUCCCUGGCAGCAUCGACAAGAGCCUGUACGUGGCUGAGUUCCACACUGCCAACCCCAACUGCGAAGUGGAUGAAGAGCUGAAGGAGACAGGCCAUCAACAGGGUGAACUUUAGAACCCCCCUCAACUGGACAAUAGGACGUACCCAGGCUUUUGCACAACAUUCAGCUCUUGCACGCAGGCUUCAGGCACCUCUUCAACUUCUAAUUUCUCAACUUCAGAACCUGGCACAUUGUUGUUAUGGGUUAUUUUGUGUUGUGUUCCUCUCCAUUCUUAAAUUUCAGUAAGAGCUGCGUGCAUUUUUUACUUGACUAUGUUGUUUUGCACCAAAGGUAACUUACCAUGUGAAUGCAAUAUCAGUCUUUUUUUGUUUAGGAUGUGUAGGCUAAUAUAUUUUGGGAUUAUGUCCAGGUAAUCCAAGGAUAAUGUUAAAGACGGGCAAGGAAUACUGCCUUGAAAAGGCUAAAUGUUGAUCCAAGUUGUUUUAUUUCCAGUUAAAUACAUUGUUUACUUUUAUGGCCAACUAUUGUAGAAAAGAUGGACUUAUAAUUGCUAAAUCACACCAGCCACCAUGCCGCUUACAUUCACACAACUUUUGUCACUGAAGUGCCUUAAUUACUCUCCCUCCUUAUCAGUUCAUUUGUCUGUCUUUCUCUCACCACAGACAGAACACGAGCACAAUAAAGCUGUAUUUUAAUGUUUGUUUAUUCAGAUAUCCAUUAUGCAAGUUAAACGUCUAUCUUUCAAUAACCAAUGCUCAGUCUGCCUGCCAUCUAGAAUGUGAAAAUACCUUUUAACAUUAAUGCAAUAAAUUAGGGCAGCUUUUAAUAAAAUGCAACAGGUUGGUUUUCCUGUCACUAUAAAUCAUCAAUGUGUGGAAAGAAUUACAUCUCUAAUCCAAGUCCACUUCAAGAAGAGUGCUUUCUAACACCUUUGGAUGGUAGACAACAAUCAAGCUUAUAUAGUUCAGGAUAAGACUUUCCCUAACUAAAAAAAUGUCACGCCAAUACAGGAACAAUCCCUGAAAACAAGUAACAGUAGCAUCCAAUUAUUUAUCUUCUGCUGCAUUUUACAAGUAAAAAUAAUUAAACAUCUGAACUGUUAUGUAGUUUGAGGCGGAUCUGGCACACUUAUGGAUGUUGUUUUUAAUGUGACAAUGAUGCCUCCCAAAUGGCACCCUAUUCCAUUUAGAGGGCCCUGGGUGAAAGUAGUGAAAAUAUACCUGUAAGUCUGCAGCUAUGGAAGGGAAUUUACCGUCUGAUUGCUCAAAUGCCUCCAAUUUCUGAAGAAUCUAACAGAUGUUAUUGGAGAGAAGUCAGCAUUGGCAUUUUGAUGUUUUUUGUGUGCAAAACAGCAUGGUUAAGUUUUUAUUUUAUUUUUUUCCCUCAAUGUGUAAGGGUCCCUCAGUAGUUUUUAUAUUUUUUGUAUGCACUGGGCCAGUUGUAUGGGUAUGUCCUUCUGGUUAGGGCCUAAUUUGAAUCUCCAAAUGUGAUAUUUUUCUUAUCCCCUUUGUUUUCGUGAAUGUACUACUGUGCAACCCAAUGGUACAUGCUGAGCCCAAAAUAUAUUUUGACUAAAACGAGGUAAAAAAAAAAACUAGGUUUUAUUUUCAAAUAUUAAGAGCUCUUGGGUGAUUAUCACCCUGCCUCCAACAGAAAAGGGAGGGUAUUUUGGUAUGACACAUGAGAUGAGAACUUUACAGACCUCAUUUAUCUCUGCUAUUGAUUAGGUCAGAGGACCCUGAUUUUUAUUUUUGUACAGUUUCAUUACAAUUGUGAAAAGCUGAGGGACAUUUCUAGUGUGUUGGGUGGGUUGGCGCACAUCAGAAUUUAUAUUUUCAAAGCGAAUUGUAGCAUCUUCUAACUGGCAGCUGUAAUUGUUUUUGGCCCGCUAAAAAUGUUUAGCUGAUAAAUAUGGCACCAUCUAGUUUUUCUUUCUAAAAUAAUUGUUGGCAGUGCUUGCCUAAGUGGGGGGUGAGGGGUGAAGUGUGGGAUCAAGGGUUUGGGGCACUAGGUUUGUGAGGAUUUGUGAGCCCCUUACUCUUCAGUAUGGGUUCUGGAAUCUCACUCUUUCUGGUUUUAAAGAUCUCUAGCGCAACAAUGCAUCUAGUUUUCAACUGUUCUGGAACUGAACACAUUUGUCAGUUUCUCCCAAAGUAAAAAAAAUGAAAGUAUAUUUUUAUCAUUUGUUUGCUUAUUUUUCUAAGCACUGGAGAGAAUGCUACUCUAGCACAGUCAUACUGGUUAACUAGGCCAAUCUUUUUACAAGGUGGUUGUAAUCAUUUUGAAGAAGUUAUGUAAAUGAUUCGUAGUUUACAGAAAUUGUUUACAGUAACAAAACACAAUUUGCUUCAUGGUGGUAGUUUGAAUAUUUGUUUGAUUUUUAAAUGCUGACUUUCAGGAUUUAUUGAAGCAAAACCAAAAAAGUGUAAUGUUAUGACAUUUUCUGUGAUUGAUUGGAUGUGAGAAACACUGUAUGAGAGGCCCAUUGGUGUGUGUCAGUUUCCUGUCUAGUUUGUAUUUAUGUGAUUGCCUGUGUCUGUUAAUGAAUGGCUGUUCUGUCAGAUUUGUUUGAGUGGGUGUGAAAUUUGACUGAGUGUGAACGCAUGUGCUGAGAAUGCGUGCUUGUUUGUUUGUAAAUCCUGAGUGACAUAAUGUCACCUUGACUGGUUUCCCUGGCCUGUUUUUGGUUUAUUUUGUAACUCGUAAUGGGCAAGGUAAACAUUAGCUUAUAGUGUAAACCCUCAGCUAGCCCAAGGCCUAGUUGACUUCAGAUUCCCUUCACACAAACUGUUCUUUCCAAUCAGUGGUUAUCAAAUGGACUAAAAACAGGCAAUGUUAAGUGUUGACAGUAUUUGUUCUGUCAGUGGCCUAUUGUCUGACAAAUGUAUGACACUGUCUAAUCCUGUGAGUAUUUUUGUGCUCUUGACCAUUGGUUGUAAUGGGUACAAAUGGGUGCGGGAGGGUUUGCUGGUUGGUCACUUCAUGAUUUCUAUGGAAAAAAAGUCACCAUGCUCAUACUAAUUGAAAAAACGAGCUAUGGUCGGGAAAGAUUAAGAGGUUAAUUGGGCUUUGAGAAAGAUAAAACCACCUGGCUUUUCAUUCUAAAAACAGAAUCACUAAUCCCCAGAUUAUCAAAAAAUAUAACUGCAGUUGCAAACAUUUAUUGAAUUGAAAAAUGAAUUGGAUGUAUGACACUUCUUAUGCAGAUGUAUGUUUGAUGCUGACACUCCAUCCAAAAAAGACUGUUCUGCUAAAUCUGGAAAUUAUUUGUGACUAGAAUGUGGUUUGACGGGUCCUGAAAAUAUAAUUUGCCUAUCUAAAUUUACAUUAUAAAGGAGCCAUAAUACCUGCAAAAUGGUUUGGUUUAAUGUUUCCACAUAACCAUUGGUUAAUUUUGUCAACAUACCUGGUUUGUUAAGUGGGGAAGUAUUUUCAGAGUUCUGUUGUACUUCUUUUUUUUUUUUUACUAGUUUUUGUACAUUGAAAUGUUCACACCUUGGUGGCUAUUCCUUUUUCUCAUUUUAAAUUUCUUCAGUCCUUUCAUGAGCGAAGUAUGAAUCAGUGUUGAAUCAGUCUUAACACUGACACUUUGGCCAGGGAGUUUGUCACACAAAUGAGAAGACAAUAUUUGGCCACGAAAUUGCAGUGUACAUUUUACAUCCCUGCUUGAUUAGAAAAUGGGUGGGUAAAGAGGCACCCUUUAUUUGCUUACAGUAUUUAAAUUGUCAAUUUGACUUAGUAAGCUCCACAGUCUCCCUGAAAACAUAAGCAAUACAAAAAAACAUCAACUAUCUACUUCUAUCACUGUCUUAAACUGUACUUAAAUAACAUUGAUAUAAUUGCAGAGGGGUUAAAAAAAAAUAAAAUGAACUCAAAUUAAAAA